AUGGCUGUCAAGUUGCGAGCAUUACUCAUGGUUGCCGCCACUUUGCAAAUGGUUGCGAGCGCUCCUAGUGGCUCAACCACGAGCACCGAAGGCAGCACUCCCCGCCUAUUAUCCCCCAUUGCCGGUGAGUCCGAUUCCAAACAUGAGGCAGAACGAGACUCUGAGUACAAGUAGGUGAUCAACCUGCAGAGCAUCCAAUGGGAGGAUCUGAGAGCGGAAAGACUCCACCUCUCUCGCCCGUUCAUUCAUGGCCAACACGCCCGAACUCGCCACCUAGUCCUGAUUACAAGAAUGAUCCAAAAUUCAACCUCAUGCUUCAAGACAGUGACAGCGACAGAGAGCACUGGUCUGACGAGGAACAACGCCAGGCGCAUGCCAAGCAGAUUCGCGGCGAAAGCCUUGCCGGUCCGCUCUCCCCGACCUCUGCUAGCGAGGCGCGCAACUCGAUCUUGGCCCUGCACUUCGCUAAAGAUCCAGAGCAUGCGCAUGAGCGUGCAAUGCGCGAAUAUGCUGCCUUGGACGAUGCCGACAAAGGGCGGAGGCUAGAGAGCUGGCUUGCACAAAACGACUGUGAGUUGGAGUGUCGAGUGAUCGGGCUACUACCAUUCAGCUGCUGUUGAGCAUUAAGACGUUGCACUGACGAAUCCUUGUUUCGCUUUUAGAUAUCAUGGCCCACAGGCAGCCGGGCUUCCAAUUGGGCCCCUUGCCCCACAAACCAGGAUCAUUGGAGUACUGGCAAGAGCAGAACAAAGGUGAGCAUCGGUAGCCCUUUACGACUUCGUCCAGGACCUUGCUCUAUGGUAGUGGCUUAACGUGCAAGAGACGUCUUUCCAGAUCUAGCUCCAGGCCAGAAGCCCGUCGGCACUUGGACCCAUACGCACCUGCAACGAGAUCGGAAUUUCACUCCGGAGGAGAGGGCUGCAUACGUCCCUCCGCCGCGCUCGCCAGGCUAUGAGCGCUUCCAGGAAGAGCUUCGUCAACGAUUCGACGCGAGGAUCGCUGCCGGUCGUAGCAGCUCCUCUUCAAGCCCAAGCCAUCAUGGCUCCGGCAGCCCUCCGCUUUCUGAAACGGUCAAUGAAGCAAAAGCAAAAGGCUGCUGCGGAUGGGUAAAGAAACUAUUCGGUCGUCCUUGA